AUGGUAAACCCAACAUUGUGGUCUCAGUUCAAAGAUGACACAGAAAAGCCUACUCACAAUUUCGUUCCAGGCCAGAGAGUACUUGUGCGAAGUCUGAAACCAAUGAAGGUUGGAGAACCAAAGUACCACGGUCCAGCUACGGUGAUCGCGGUGACCAGGACAGGGGUCCUGACAGACUAUCAACCGCAGUGGAUAUAUGCUUCUAGGUUGAAGCUCUGUUCUUCAGGAGAGCCGGUGGAGAAAAGCGCUGGUUACGCUGAGGAAAGAACUACCUCUUUUAGUGAGGCGGGGGCCACCCAAAGCAAGAAGAAAUAUGGCCAAUUGAGCAAAAAAUUCCAGGUGGACCUCAAGCGCAGGGAUGAUGUUGUUCUGCAUGUUAACCCACGCUAUGAGAAUGGUCGUGAGUAUGUAGUGCACAACACCUUCAGGAACGGUCACUGGGACCCAAAUUAUGAACAAGACUAUGAGUGUCCCUUCCCACGAGGCCAAUCCUUCGCUCUUCAGAUCCUUGUCACCAAGGAGACAUACAAGAUAAGUGCCAAUGGGAAACCCUUCUCGGAGUACAAACACCGCGUUUCGUUCUCUCGCGUGGACAGCAUCUGUGUGGGAGGAAUGGUGGAUGUAAAUUUAGUUCUCGUUCAGUAUCUUGAGCCUCUGUAUGCUCCAAUUCCAGGAACGUUCAGGGUCCCGUACAAAAGCCUCCUCUAUGGUGGACUGUAUGCUGGCAAAACCAUUCUCAUCCAAGGACAUGUCUAUCUGCAUGCAAAAAGAUUAGAAAUUAAUCUGCGGCACAAAACUGGAGUUGCGUUCAACUACUGUUGUCAUUUAGACAAGAAUGUUGUUGUGCUGAACAACUAUGAGAAAGGAGAGUGGGGCAAACCAGACAAAUAUGACGACAUGCCAUUUACAAGAGGACAACCUUUUCAGAUGACUAUUUGUUGCAAGGAGAAUCAUUACAGCGUGUUUGCCAGUGGCAUACACGUUCACACUUACACUCAUCGAUACACUGAACUAAAAGACAUUGAUGUUUUGGAGAUCAGUGGUGAUGUGCAUUUGAACUUUGUGCAGCCCUAGAGAGGAUUCCUCCAGGAGAAAUGCAUUUUCUGAAAUCAUGUCUUUAUAUCAUUACAGCG